CCAGAGGUCCGGCCAUGCGGCUCUGGGAGGAUGGCAUGCCCCUCACGAAGGGGCGCCAUCCCCCGCCUCAGGUCCCAAUUCCCUGGCUCGUCCCGAGCCUGCUCGCUGCCUUCAGUGGAGUCCUGCUGGUCGCUGUCAGUGGACUCUUCUUUGGUUUCCCUUGCAGAUGGCUGGCCCAGAAUGGGGAGUGGGCCUUUCCUGUUGUCACAGGACCCCUCUUCGUCCUCACCUUCGGCAUUCUCAUGUUUCUAAACAUCUCCGACCCUGGUAUCUUGCACCAAGGCUCCAACGAACAGGGCCCCAGGACGGUGCGUGUGGUUUGGGCGAAGCACAUAGCCUUCCGCCUGCAGUGGUGCCCACAGUGCUGCUUCCACCGCCCGCCGCGGACCUACCACUGCCCCUGGUGCAACAUCUGUGUGGAGGACUUCGACCACCACUGCAGGUGGGUGAACAAUUGCAUAGGUCACCGGAACUUGGGCUUGUUCAUCCUGCUCCUCCUGUGCCUAUGCUUGUAUUUGGGCUCCAUGCUUGUCACCUGCAUGGUCUUCCUCCUGCGCACCACCCACCUGCCCUUCUCCAUUGACAAGGUCAUCGCCAUCGUCGUAGUGGUCCCCGCUGCCGGCUUCCUGGUGCCUCUCUUGGUGCUUCUGCUGAUGAAGGCCAGGUCGGUGAGCACCGCCCAGCGCUCCUACGAGGACAAGUACCAAUACCUACAUGGACACAACCCUUUCGACCUUGGCUGUGGCAAAAACUGGUAUUGGACACUUUGUGCAGCGCUGGGACCCAAGUGA